GAGUUUGAUCCUUCCGAUGGGACUUUUGCCCAUGCAAAACACACUAUGCGGAGCUUGAAGGCCCUCCUUGCCAUCUCGCCGGGCCCCUUGGUGCUCGGGAGACUCGAGCAAUCGCUGGAAAAAGCCUUCAUCCCAUCAGACAAGCCCCGCAUCCUGUGCCGCUACAGCCGGUUCCGAGAGCGAAUCCCCCCAGCGAAAACAACCCAUCACACACAAACACCACACAACAACUUUGCAUGCGAUUCCCCCGGACAAUCAAGAUCGUUCGUCAUCUCCACCUGGACGGUCCGCCUCGGUCAAAAUCCAUUUAGUGGUGCGGGACUUCGCCGCGAUGGGAAGGUCGCCCCAAGAAAGAAUAUAUAACCAAAGAGCGCCACUCGCUCAUUGGACUUCUGCCUCCCGUCCGCUGGUUUUCGUACCCAGCACGAUGGAAGCCAUACCUUGAACGAACCAGCCUUGCUAGGCGAAGAAACUGUGAGGAAAAGCCAAGCCAAGAAAGUUGACAGCACCAUGGCGCUCGAUGAGAAACCCGCGGACAUUGAGUGUCUUGCCCCCAGCGUAUCUGACCACGUGGGGAGUCGCAACAACUCUCGAGGGGAGCAAGGAGACGUUGAAAAGGCGCUGUCGCCGUUUGAAGAGAAGGAUGUCACAACCACCACAGUGGAAACGACGGUCGAUCCGGACGUGGUGGGCUGGGAUGGGCCGAAUGACCCAGAAAACCCAUUGAACUGGCCUGCGCGCAAAAAAUGGACCAACGUUGCUCUAUUGUCCCUAAUAACGCUGUUGACGCCUUUUGGCUCGUCCAUGUUUGCACCCGCUGUACCUCAGGUGAUGCAAGACUUCCACUCCAACAGUGAAGACCUGGCAUCGUUCUCGGUAUCCGUCUACGUGCUCGGGUAUGCUUUCGGUCCACUGGUUAUUGCUCCGAUGAGCGAGUUGUACGGGCGACUGCCGGUUUACCAUGUCAACACAUUCCUCUUCAUGGUGUUCACUUUCGCCUGCGGCAAGUCGACAAACUUGUCUAUGCUGAUUGUUUUUCGAUUCUUUGCGGGUUUGGCGGGCUCUUGUCCCUUGACUGUCGGAUCUGGUUCUAUCGCAGACACCUUCCGACAAGACCAGCGCGGAAAAGUCAUGAGUAUUUGGACUUUCCCAAUCUUGUUUGGACCAAGUCUGGGUCCCGUUGUGGGAUCAUAUCUCUCUGAAGCGGCUGGGUGGCAGUGGGACUUCUAUCUUCUCGCCAUAUGUACCGCGGCAGUGUUCGCAGUAGCACUUAUCGUCCAAAGAGAAACGUACCCGCCUAUUCUUCUGGAGAGAAAAGUCAGGCGACUCCGAAAGGAAACAGGGAACGACAAGCUCCGGACCGCGCUUCAAUCCUCCAGGACUCCAGCACAAUUGUUUUUCCUGAGCGUGAUCCGCCCAACCAAGAUGUUAUUUCUGUCCCCAAUCAUAUUCUGUCUUUCUCUAUACAUUGCGGUGGUGUACGGGUAUCUUUAUUUGUUGUUCACCACCAUGACGUUCAUCUUCCAUGAUCAAUACGGCAUCAGUUCAAGUAGUGUCGGCCUUGUCUAUUUGGGCAUCGGUGCCGGUCAGUUCGUUGGACUGUUAAUAUUCGGGGCAUAUUCCGAUAAGCUGUUGAAGAAGCUUGCUAAGAAUGGCGAGAUGAAGCCCGAGUACCGCUUGCCACUGCUUUGGCCCGGCGCGGUCGCUGUGCCUGUUGGCCUCUUUUUGUACGGCUGGAGUGCGCAGUACAAAGUGCAUUGGAUGGUUCCGAUCCUGGGGACGUUUAUGUUGGGGGUUGGGAUGACUGGAACAUUCAUGGCACUGUCCAUUUAUCUGGUUGAUGCCUACACUCUUUAUGCUGCAAGCGCAAUGGCGGCUAACACAGUUCUCCGCAGCCUGGGGGGUGCAUUUCUCCCUCUGGCUGGGCGAGGCAUGUACAAUACAUUAGGGCUCGGAUGGGGAAACAGCUUACUUGCAUUCAUCUCAUUGGGCAUGUCGCCGAUGAUCUGGGUUUUCUUGAAGUACGGCGAGAGAAUCAGGACCCAUCCAAAGUUCCAGCUAAAUCUGUGAGAGCAUUUUCGGGGAUAUAUACACGGCUUGCUAGCUUGGACAGCGGGUAUACACAGGUAGAUUUCAAAAUGGUUUGCUAAAUAUAUAUGUCUGUU